UAAAAGUUGUUGACUUUUUGUUGAAUUUAAGUUAACAAUUGAUAACAUGAUUACUAAUUGUCAACUUUAAUUUAACAUGAAGUCAACAUAUUUUCGUGCCGCUUGAGUAUGGUAUACUACUCGUAAGCGUACAAAAAAACAUUGUUAAGUUUUUGUUGAAUUUAAAGUAACAAUUGGUUGACUUAAAUUCGGGAUAACAAAUAGUCGUUUUAAAUUUACCAUUAAGUCAACAAUUUGUAUUGUAACACUUGAGUAAAAGAUUAAGGCUAACUUAUAACUAAUUUUUAGUUAGCAUUCCCAUUUAUGGUAACAUCUAGUGACCUUUGGGUUGGCAAAUAGAAGCUUUUGUUUUAACAACCGCGGUAGGUUGAGGCUCUUGCCAUGUCAGCCAUUUUAUCUAGUGUGCUUCAGAAGUGCGUAUCUGUGCCUGGAUAAGCUACCCUUGUGAAAUAAUUUUUAUAUAAAACAUUUUAUUUAAAAAAUAACGAUACAGGCAAGUAUAAAUAUGAUGGUUUUUUAAUCUAUUUAAUUUGUUCUGUUUUGGGGAUGUUAGUAUUACAACUGUUCAAAUGAUAACUAGAAAACGGAAAGAUUUCAUUAACCUCUCAAAGCGUCAGCAACGGCGACGUAUUGAUGAAAAAGUAUUAUCAAUUAUUGAUGAAAACUUGCAUUUGAAAAAUGAUUUUCAUAAAAAAAAAAAUGAUUCAAUUGUUGAAGUUAAUGUGCCUAGUGAAAAUAAUACAGAAAAUAGUACCACUAUACUUUCUAAUAGUAAUGUUGAUGUUAACAAUUCAGAUUUUCAAUGGGACAAUGAUUUUGAGUAUGCACACAAUGAUGAUAACGAUAGUGAUUACGAUGAUGAUGAUCAUCACGAUAACAUAGCUAGCAAUUUCAGUUUUUCCCAUAUUGAUCAGACCUCACUAGAAUUAAAGUCACAAAAUAUGAUGAUAGACACUAAUGAAAUUGAUAAAAUCAAAUCACUUACUUCAUUUAUACAAAAUUGGCAUAUCAAACAUAGAGUUACUAGAGAAGCUUCAGAUGAAUUAUUACAUGGUUUACAAGCGAUUAUGGGUUUUAAUAUUCCAUUAACUAUUAGGUCUAUCAUAAAAACACCGCGAUGUAUCAAAAAUAUUGUUGAUCACAAUGCUGGUAAAUUUUUAUAUUAUAGUAUUGAGCAAGCAAUAACAGAUCGUCUUUUUCACAUAGAUAUAUCGAAAAUUCCACCAACUUUAGAUUUGUAUAUAAAUGUAGAUGGUUUGCCAAUUUCCAAAAGUUCCAAAAGUGAAUUUUGGCCCAUUUUGGGUAAAGUUCUUAAUAUUUCUUGCUUUGCUGAACCAUUUGUUAUUGCUAUUUAUCAUGGAAUUGGCAAACCUUCAUCUCUUGAUCAAUAUCUUCAAAAAUUUUGCAAAGAAUAUUUAUCAUUAAAUAAAGAGGGAUUUAUUUAUAAAAACCAUAAAGUUAAAAUAAGCAUUAAAGGUUUCUUAGCUGAUACUCCUGCUAAAAAUUUUCUUCGUUCCUUUUGUGGUCACACCAGUCGUUGUGGUGAAUGUAUCCAAACAGGCAAAACCGUCAACCAUUGUCGUAUCUUUUUAGAAACUAACUCACCGCUACGAACUGAUAAUCAUUUUAGGAUUAAUGUACCUGAACAGUAUAAAAGUAAAAAGUCACCAUUAGAAGAUAUCGGAAUCAGUAUGACAAAAGAUUUUCCGUUAGAUUAUAUGCAUUUGGUAUGUUUGGGCGUGAUGAAAAAGUUGCUUUUAAUAUGGGUACAGUUAUUAAAAGGUUCAGAUCAAAAUGAAGAUAAAAAGUUUGCUACGUUCAAUAAAUUUUUUAUGAGUUUGUCUUCUUCCAUUCCUUCCGAUUUUGUUCGUAAACCGCGUUGCUUGAAGGAAGUUAACAGGUGGAAAGCUACUGAAUUCCGUCUAUUUCUUUUGUAUCUUGGUCCAGUUGUACUCCGUUCAAUAUUACCUCAAGCUUUAUUAAUUCAUUUUAAUGUACUAAACUGUGCAAUAAGAAUUUUAUGUGACCCUAAAGAGUACCGGAAAAACGAUGUUUAUGCAAAUGAACUGUUAGUUUACUUUGUCGAAACUAUGAAAACUUUGUAUGGUGAAGUAUCAUUAAUUUGUAAUGUCCAUAACCUUAUCCAUAUUACUAAAUAUGUUUUAGAUCAUGGCCAUCUCGAUGAAUUUAGUGUUUUUUGUUUUGAAAAUUUUUUACAGUCUUUAAAAAAUAUGAUUAGAACCGGUAAUUUGCCUUUACAGCAAGUAAUGAAUCGAAUCAUCGAAAAAUCUAAAAAUUUUAAGCCUAAAAAUGAACUCUUUCCAUUUCAAUUUAAAUUAGUAGCAAAAAUAUCUAAAACAUCAAAUCUUCCAGAAGGCUGUAAUAAUGAAUAUAAAUCAAUUGAAUUUAUCAAUUUUAAAUUAACUAACACAACUCCUAAUAACUGUUGUUAUUUACAAGACGAUACUGUUGUUUUCAUAACAGCUAUUUGUCAUUAUAAAGAAAAUGCCGUUAUUGUUGGACACGCACUUACGAAUCCUCUUGGUUUGGAGGAUUAUCCAUGUGAUUCUCGCAAUCUUGGAAUUUAUAAAGUUGAUGAAAUUUCAGAUUUACGAAUUUGGCAUGUUAGACAUAUUAUCCGUAAAGGAUUUGUUGUUGUAAAUUAUGAUUCUUGCUAUGUUUUUCCGAUUUUACAUAGUGAUUUUUAAAUACUACUUUUAUUUUUA